UUCUGACAACAUCAGUUUUGUUAAAUUUAUGGCAGAUAUCGGCAAAUUACUGUAUUUACAUAAAUUACAUUAUUUUUAUAUUUAAACCAAUUUUAUUAUAAUAAAAUGGCUCCACCAGCAGCCAGACUACGUUAUAAUGCCAAUAAAUCUGAUAGCAAUGCGAUAUUAACCAAAAAACCACCAAAAAAAUUGAAUGGGAAAAAUGAAGGAAAAAAGAGCAAUGGCGGGAAAGCAAAUACGUCACCUGUGUCUGCUGAAAAGACUAACGCCAUAAUGCCGGGUGUGGACACUGCUUUCAAAACAUUUGUCAGCGCACGUCUUUGCAGUGCCAUUUGGGCUUAUAUAUCAGAUUGUGAUGAAACAUUUAAUUAUUGGGAACCGUUGCACUAUAUAAUUAACGGUCGUGGUUUGCAAACAUGGGAGUAUAGUCCACAAUUUGCGUUACGCUCCUACACGUAUCUAUUACUUCAAGGAGUGCCCGGUUGGAUUUAUCAGAAAAUCUUUAAUCCCAGCCCCAUACUAAUAUUUUAUAUGGUACGUUGUAUGCUCGGUUUUGGUUGUGCUGUUAUGGAACGUUUUAUGUAUAAAUCAAUUUGUCAAGAGUUCGGCAUACACAUUGGUCGUUUAUGGCUAAUAUUUCAAUUAUUUAGUGUGGGCAUGUUUGUUUCGAGCACUGCUUUGCUACCAUCGUCUUUUUCAAUGUAUUUUGGUUGUGCUGCACUGGCUGCUUGGUGGCAAGAGAAAUAUAGUUUGGCAAUAUUUUUAGUUGCACUAUCGGCUUUAUUAGGCUGGCCCUUUGCUGCUUUGAUCGGCGUGCCACUUGUUUUAGAUAUGUUGAUACGAAAGCAUCAGUGGAAAACGUUUUUAACUUGGUCAGCUAUAUCAGCAGCCACUAUCGCUAUUCCAAUGAUUGUAAUCGAUUCCAGUUAUUUUGGUAAAAUAACAUUUGCUCCACUAAAUAUUAUUAUCUAUAAUGUUUUCACGUCUCAUGGUCCAAAUAUAUUUGGCGUCGAACCCCUAAGUUAUUAUGUUUUCAAUGGAUUCUUAAAUUUCAAUAUAAUUUGGAUUUUGGCGCUCAUUACUCCGUUGUUGUUAAUAAUAGAUUACUUCAUAGUACCUGCAAAAUCGAAAUCAACUCUAAACUAUCCACACUAUUUAUCUUUGGCGCCAUUGUAUUUGUGGUUGUUAGUGUUUUUUGCUCAGCCACAUAAAGAGGAACGUUUUAUGUUUCCAAUUUAUCCGAUGAUUUCAUUAUGUGGUGCCGUGUCGGUUGACGUAUUUCAACGCAUAUUCUUUCGCAUUAAGUCGUUACUGGUUAAAAUCAAACCUGGUGCUAAUGGCGCACAUUACUUGGAUCACAGCAUGUUCAUUGCUGUUAUGAUUAUGAUGGUCAGCACAUUAAUGGGACUUUCGCGUGUAUUUUCACUUUAUCGAAAUUAUCAUGCUCCUAUGGAUGUUAUGAUGGAAUUAAAUGAAUUCAAAGUAUCCAAUGAAUAUCGUGCUAAUCAAAUUUAUAAUGUAUGCAUAGGCAAAGAUUGGUAUCGUUACCCCGGAAGCUUCUUUUUGCCGGCUGAAAACUUUCGUUUAAGGUUUUUAAAGUCAGAGUUCCGAGGCCAAUUGCCUGCCUAUUAUGUAGAUGGUGAAAAUUCAACACAAAUUGCACAUCCAUAUUUUAAUGACAUGAAUCAGGAAGACGAGCGCAUGUACUUCGAUUAUCAACGUUGUCAUUUCCUUAUUGAUUUCGAUAAAGGUACAUACACUCAACUUGAGCCAAACUAUUCGAAACGUACCAAAGAUUGGAUUGUACUGAAAAGUUUGCCGUUUUUAAUACAAGAAAAAUCUCAUAAACUAUUUAGAGCAUUCUAUGUACCAUUCUACACUGAUAAUCACACAACUUAUGGCAACUUUAAUUUAUUAAAACGAAAAAAAUCCUCACAAAGCUAGGCGAAAAUUAAUCAUUUUACAUAAAUGACAUAA